CAGCACAUAGUAUACUUUGCCUUGUUCCCUGCCCUCCUCCAUCCUUAUAAAUCCAGGCGCCACCAGCCAACCCCCCAGGCUAGCUCCAACGGCAACCACCGGACCAGUCCAAGUAGCAAGCCCGCGGCCGUGUCGGCAUUAUUAUCUCUCCCUCCUCGAUCACAAAAAAACGCACGGCAUUGCCAGGAUCAACCGUAGUAGCUACCUAGCUAGCUUGGUCGCGGAGCUAGCCAUAUCCGUCAUGGAUGGCAACACGAGAGCACUCGAGGCGCCGGAGAAGGCCACAGCACGGCCCGUGCUGCCAGCCGCCCUCAGCGACGACGCGGGCGCAACGGCGGCGGGGCCGGCGGCUAGGAAGACGCCGGUGCCGGGCGCCGCGGCCCCACCAACGCCGGUCGAUGACGACGACGAGCCCGUGGCGGCGGUGGACGACAGUGGCGCCGGCGCCGCCGUCGAGGAGGAGGAGGACGACGACGACGAGCAGGUGGAGAGGUUCUACGCGCUGCUGGCCAACAUCCGGGCACUCAGGGGCCUGGUGCCGCCGCCGUACGCGGCCACAGCCUCCACCUCCUGCGCCGGCGGCGACGCGGGCUGCAGCGGGGCGACCUCGAGCAAGCGGCGGCCGAGGGCCGCGGAGCCGCCGUGGAGGCCGGCGUUCAGGAUGGAGGACUUCGAGGACCCCGCCGCUCCGCCGCCGCCGACCAAGAGGAAGCGCGCAGCCUGCGCAGACGACGACGACGGCGAGAGUGGGAGCGGUGCGCGCCCGUUCCUCGCCGUCGCGCCGUCGGCGCCGAACGCGGCGGUACGUCCCGCCGGUGGCAGCAACAAGAAUUGACACCACCGUACCUGUCGCGCACGACCGACCGUCCGCGUCCGGCCUGCCCGUGUCGUCUUCGUGUAAACCUUUAUUACUGCACUGCACGCGCCAAUAAUAAUGUAGCCAGCAAAAAAAAAAAAUCUGUGGAAGUCACCGACACGGCGACAAGGGGGCCAUGUCGGUGGGGGUUCACGCGUGCAAUAAUUUCUUCAUGUGAUUCGUGCGGUAUGGUUGUGACUCCAGCUUGUAAAAGCUUGGGAUGUGGAGUACGUGUGUACUACGUCGAAAAGAAAAAAAAACAUUGCUCAUCAUUUGAUUUUCUUCCUUUCCUUCCCUUUCUUUUCUUUUUUUUUUGGAUUCUCUACUGUUUAGUUUAAUUAGGUGAACCAAAAGGAGUCACAUGCUGCCAGGAGUACUUUGGGAUUUUUUGCUCCCAAGAAUCGUAUACCAAGCGUGCCACUGUUGGGAACUACUCUAUCCAGAUUCCAGAGAUGUAAAGUGCCUGUAACUUCAGAAUGUAAACUAUAUAUGCUCCCCCUAUGAAAUUUCUCCCCUAUUCAAACUA